GAGGGAAGUGCAGCUUCGUGACGUGACUACCGGAGUGUAAUCGAAGAGGAAAAGUGACCUCCUAAGAACUGUGUGUUGUUCCUCUGCAGCCCGUGUGACCUUCCUUGGUAACCCCGUGUACUUCCUGUGACCUCUGACCUCACCAUGGUGCUGAGGGAGGUCCCCGCUGAGAACAUCGCCCGUCCUCUGGGCAGGAACGAGGUCAUCGGCCUGCUCUUCCGCCUCACCAUAUUCGGAGCCGUGACCUACUUCACCAUCAAGUGGAUGGUGGACGCCAUCGACCCCACCAGGAAGCAGAAGGUGGAGGCGCAGAAACAGGCAGAGAAGCUGAUGCGUCAGAUCGGAGUUAAGAACGUGAAGCUGUCUGAGUAUGAGAUGAGCAUCGCUGCUCACCUGGUCGACCCGCUCAGCAUGCAGAUCACAUGGCAGGACAUCGCUGGUCUGGAUGAGGUCAUCACAGAGCUAAAGGAGACGGUUAUCUUACCUGUUCAGAAGAGACACCUGUUCCAGGGAUCCAGACUGCUGCAGCCUCCUAAAGGCGUGCUGCUGUACGGGCCCCCGGGCUGCGGUAAAACGCUGAUCGCCAAGGCGACGGCGAAGGAGGCGGGCUUCCGCUUCAUCAACCUGCAGCCCAGCACGCUGACGGACAAGUGGUACGGAGAGUCCCAGAAGCUCGCUGCCGCCGUCUUCUCCCUCGCCGUCAAGCUGCAGCCCUCCAUCAUCUUCGUCGACGAGAUCGACUCGUUCCUGAGGAGUCGCUCCAGCUCCGACCACGAGGCCACCGCCAUGAUGAAGGCUCAGUUCAUGAGUCUGUGGGACGGCCUGGACACGGACCACCACUGCCAGGUGAUCAUCAUGGGAGCCACUAAUCGUCCUCAGGACCUGGACUCUGCUAUUCUGAGGAGGAUGCCCACCAGGUUCCACAUCAACCAGCCCAGCUUGAGGCAGAGGGAGCAGAUCCUCAAACUGAUCCUGGAGAACGAGAGCGUGGACCGGGAGGUGGACCUCCUCGACGUCGCCAAGGAAACAGACGGGUUCUCAGGAAGUGACCUCAGAGAGAUGUGUCGUGAUGCGGCGCUGCUCUGCGUCCGAGACUUCGUCCACGCUCAGAACGACAGUCCCUCAGAGGACUUCAUCCGUCCCAUCCAUCAGUGUGACCUUCAGAAGGCGAUCGGUAAGAUGAAGAAAUCAAAGAUGGCGGGCGGUCACGGCGCUCUGCUGCACGCCGCUCUGGACUAAACACGGACACACGGCGGUCACAUGACGAGCUCCGCCUGCCGCCGCGGGGUCUAGCCCCGCCCCCUUCAUCAGCUCGUACGUACCAGCUGACCGCGUGUUCAAACAUGUGCCACUUCUUUUUAUUUUUCUUUCAGUCAGCUGAUGAACACUGGGUUGUGUUUGUGCUGCAGGUUUACACUGAACACAGAAUAAAGUUUCUCUAAACAUUAACUACAGGAGGAUGGACUACAUUACCCAUGAGCCUCUGCAGCUGUCACCAGCUCCACUCCUCUCAAAUAAAAAAGAGAAUUCUUCUCAAUUCUUCCAACAA